AUGCGAGACUGGACUACUAUCGUUGCAAUUGUGGCAGUGACAGUCGAGAUAGCCACUGCCUCGGGCAUCGUUUCAAUUUAUAAUAUCAGCGAUCCGUCUUUCGGGACAUGCCGCCUUAAAGGUAUUUCGGAGUCGUCAGAUAAUUUUAAAUUCUACGCUUCCGUGCCAAGUUCAGACUUUUCGCUUAAUAAUGCCUGUGCGCGUUGCAUUACGAUCACGCGUGACGAUAAUCCGGCCAUAUCCACCACUGCUUAUGUAUUAGAUGUAUGCGAUGGUUGCACUUCUGGCACGCUGGAGCUGUCAGCAGAUUCGAUGUCCGCACUGAACAUUGACGUGACAGAUAGAACCACCAUUGUCUCGUACCGGUUCGGUUCAUGCCCCUCAUCACUCAUGUCGGGUGAUAUCAGUGCCUGUCUGAUGGAAGGUGCCUCAGCUACCUACGUACCGCUGCAGUUUUAUAACUCUCAGAAGGUAAUUACGAGUGCAACAAUUGAAGGUGUUCCGGCUACCAGCACAUCCUCAAGCUUUCUUUAUUCGGCGAAUUCAGGCUCUACUUCAGCGACAUGGUACCAAAACGUUCAAUUCUCAGUGGAGUCAGACGACGGCGAGAUACUGAACAGUACAUUUGCUUUUUCCAGCACGUCUGGAUGCGCGUCAUCCAGCGUACAAUUUAAUUCAGCAUCGACUGCGGAUGGUGUCACAGGAAAUACCACCUCAGGCGAUUCUAAUGCUGGGGUAAUUGGUGGAGCCGUUGGUGGUACAGCUGCGGUCUUGGUCAUUGUGGGAUCAGUCAUUAUGAUCCGACGUCGCAAAAGUGCUGCAAAGGGUUUCAGUGAUUCAGGAAACGAUGUUGAAAACCAGUACCUGUCUCCUUCGACUAAACCUAAGUCAGCUGCCGCAGCCGCUGCGACGUUUCCCGAAGACCACGAUGACCAUCAGCGGCCUGCAUCGCCUACGGUCGACUAUGCUGAAUCUUUGUCACCCGCAGCUAGUACAAAGGAUACUGGUGUUCGCCAUAGUGAGGCGAACUUGCCUAAGGCGCUGGCCGUGCAUGCAGAGCCCCCUGCUAUGAAUGAUCCCACCCCUCUUGCUGUCAAAGCAACCGCUGUAAAUUCAUCACCAUCGUCUUUUGAUCGCACAACAAACUCGUUUUCGCCACCCGGAAAUUCUACUUAUGUUGCUCCAACGUAUGCCUACAGCAACAACGUAACGAUCACCUCUCCUCGCCCACCCACGUCGACUAUGAAGUCUGCCCCUACUUUGUCUGCUCCAAUUGUGCCUCGUCAUGCUUCCAACACAAAUUAUCAACACUAUGGUGAGGAUGAUGAAGAAGGUCGCUCAAGCUUUGACAUCGAUGACAUGCGUGAGUCGGAGGCUCGUGCUACGAUGGAUCUCACUCGCCGCUUAGGCUCCCAACAGUCGUUUGCGCCUUACAGUUCAGACGACACUUACGCCAAUGCAGUGACGUCUCCUGAGAGCAACGUUCACGGUACAAGCUUGCGUCGCCCGAGUCUUCAGCAGAACUCGAUGAGAGCGUCGGGUCUUGACUUGGGCCGAUACACGAAUGACUCGGUACUGUCUGAUGCGGAUAGCUAUGCGUCAGCUUCUCGCCCUACCAAUCAAUCAAUUCUGUCGAACAACACACUAUUGCAGUCAAGCCCACCUUCUGCUGCAGACAAUUAUCCACUUAACGCGCAACUAAGCGGAUCGACGGAGGCUGACCGCAUGGCAAACUCAAUAAGCGACAGCUAUGCGUCUAAUCCUGCCGUACACCAGAGUAGGGACCUGGCUACUUCACAAUCCAGCAUUGGCUCAGCGCGUGAAAGUGGCUACAGUCGCGAGUCCCUAAGCAUACUUGGCUACCCUUAUUCCAAGAAGAGUGGACGACACCACAACAUUACAGAAAUGCAGUUUUAA